GCGGAGGUAACAGUCCUGGCUCGUCAGUAAAACCGGAAAUCAAAUACAAUCGCGUGUGACGAAAUAUUCGGAAACAUAUGAUUCCAGUUUAAAAUAUUUUUAACUUAUAUUAAAGACUGUUAAUGUGGUGUUUUUAAUGUGCCAGUUACAAUAUGUUCGUUGAUUCUGUGUUUGAAUCUGCCUAGCAAAAAAAAGCAUGAAUAUGAAACUCUUAACGCUGAUAGCUUUGUGCGCGGUGACGUCAGCGUACAAGAUCACACAGCUGAAGGUGCCGCUGUACGCAGACCCCCGUCGUGCAGCCGAGCUGAGUUGUCAAUUCGAAAUGAACGACCACAGGCUGCAUUCUGUCAAGUGGUAUCGAGACCUGAACGAGAUAUUCAGAUACAACCCUUCACAGAAGCCAACGAUACGUUUGUUCAACGUGACUGGCGUGAUUGUUGAAGGCGGGGAAUGUGAAGGUGGGUGCUGUAUGGUGCGAGUGAUGCCCACACCGGUAGCCACACGCGCUGCCUACAGCUGUGAGAUAUCCACAGAAGGACCCAAGUUUCUGAUAGCGAGGGAAACUAAACUGAUGACUGUUGUUGCUAUGCCGGAUAAAGACCCAGUUAUUUAUGGAGCACCGAAAUUAGCCAAGCCUGGAGACCAGAUAGUCCUCAAUUGUAGUUCAGAUUACUCUUUACCUGCGUCGGAUAUUAACUGGUAUAUUAACGACGAACUACAAAAGCCUGAGCUAUGGCAUCGCACUGAACUAAGCGCAGUUCAGUCCGGGGGUCUUCGAGCUUCGUGGCGUAUUCUCAGACUCUCCGUGCCAUCAGAUGUUACUGGCGCCCUCCGAGUGAGAUGCGAGGCAGUUCUCAGUGUCGAGCCGCCGGUUAUCCGAGAAACUUCAGUCCUCAUGACCUUGUUCUCUCGUACUCAUCUAUCUAAAUAUGUAUCUAACAGAGGUGCCCGGAUUGUAUAUCAAGAUUUAAUGCUAGUGUCAGUAAUUUUAAGUAAUGUAAACAUGAUACUAUCAGUAAUAUUGAGCUGAUGAGAGCAUUAUUAAUAAUUACUGGUGAUAUUACCGUAAAACAAGUAUGUAGUCAUAAAUUUUUUAAUUGUUACAUUGUUGUUCUAUACAAUUAUAUUUAAUUGGACUGUAUUUGAUUAUUUGUUUGAGGAAUUAAUGUGAGUCCUCUUUAAGCCCUACUUGAAUGUGCAAAAUCAGGCCAAUGAUAAAUUUGUGACCACUAACCUUAGAUUUUCUCGCCUCUACCUGCCUCCGAUCCCUGAUUUCCAGCUCGAUGCACGGCACUCGUAGCUUAGUAGAAGUUCGUCACGGUCGUUAAAAUGAGAUUAUGUGAAUCAAAGGCGUUACCUACGACGUAACAAUAGAACGAGGGGGUUUUCAUACUGCAAAGUGACAGACAGCACCUCUCCGUUACAGUGAUCUGACUUGGACUCUCGACUAUAAGCCGUCGGGCAUUGACAGCUGUCACUUCGACAUGAUGAGGGUAGUUAGAAAAUAUGUAAGCGGUCACUCAAAUAAUUUCAGCUAAGUUAUAUAAUAAAUGUACGAAAUGUUUUUUAAAUAUUUAAUGUAAUUUUUUGUCAAAUAAUUUUAUAUGGUUUUCUGAGCAUUAAUAAUAAUAAAAUCAAUCAAUUACAAAUUAUUUAUGGCCAAGAUUUCCUUAAACUAAAUAGAAUAAAAACCGUAAGUGGGGUUGCUAUUACAUAAUAUAUUAUUUUAAAAUAAGGCAAAAUUUUAUUUCAUUAUUUUAAUUUGAUUCAAAACCUUAAAGGUUUCAUUUGCUCAAAACUCUUGCGAUAUAGUUUUUUACUAGUUACGUAGGUAGGGCCUUUGGAAAACCUAGAAAAUGUUCUGUAAUAUUUUUUAAAGCUCUUAGUAAAAUUAUUUUCUAAGAAGUUUGAGAGAAAUUUUAAAAGGCGAUAAAAGUUCUAUUGUAAUAUUAUAUUUUUAAGUAGAUACAAAUUUUUAAUUAUAUCAUUGCUAACUGUAGCCUUUUCUUUUUACCGCCUCACAGAGAGUUUGAAAAGUAGAGAGAUACUCCUCGUAGUAGAGUCCUCUACAUCCUCGGUGUAUAUAUACCAUUAUCAGCAAAUUAAUUAUGAGAAAUAUACUAAAUAGUAACACUUUUCAUUAAGGAUAGACCCUUAAACUAUUUUAUACAAUAGUUCCAUGGUAUUAGCGAAAGACGUAUUCGCUUAAUUAUUCCUUGUACCCAUCAUCCUCAUUAAAUUUCACCUUUGUGAUUGCUUCUUUGAGAUAAACAGUUGGAGUAAUAGUAUGGAUAAUAAAUUUUAAUAUAUUAUUUAAAUUUUAUUUUAUUAAUUUUUAUUUAAAUAGUAUUGUUAGAUUAAUGAAUAUGUAAUUAGAAAAUAAGAAAUAUACUGGAUGAAUAUUAAUAACAGUAAUUUUACAAUACGCUCCUGGCACACGAAACUGAAAGUAUUUCUCGAGUAAAAAGUAAAGAAAGGAAGUAAAAAAGUAUCUAUUGAAACGAAAUCUGAAAGUUAAGACUGAGCUGUUACGCUCGUUCGGGUUACAUUUAUAACUCGGAUGCUGUUUUAUUAACUAACUGACGAUAAUAUCACAUCGCAUCACUAUUUAUGAAAGUGUGAGCAAGCGCGGCAUAUUGGUAAUACUGCUCUUUCAUUUCGCCAGUGCCACGAGUUUUGCCGAUAACUUUAAUUCCUUCUAGCACAACACUAUGUAAUUAAAUUGUACACAAUUUUACCACUGCUUAGUCUCGUGAAAACUAGUUUAAGUUUAAUAAUCUAUGGCUGUGUAUUAUUGGACAGUGUGAGAUUGUUUGUCA